GUGUCCCCUCUUAUGCUCUGCCAUCCCAGCACCAGGUCGAGGGUGAAUGCUGUGCCCGCUACCAGGGCGGAGAAGAGGAGGAGGGUGAAGCUGAAGGUGUAGUACAGCGCCUGGAGGGCGAGGAUCUGGGAGGCGAUUUUGAGGGGGGGGAGUUCGGAGAGGGAGCCUGGGCGAGGGGGGCGGCGGCGGCGGGCCAUUUUGUUAUCGUCGUGUACGGUGGGUAUGGAACGUCUCGCUAUCGGGGCAUAUCUCGAGGAGGGAACGCGCGCGCGGUCGCAAAAGUCUGGAUGGGAUCCGUGUACUCGGUAAGGAGCUCGGAAUGCUCCUGGGGGUUUAUUAUGAUGGGGUUUAGCCCACCCACCCCCCCCAACCCCAACCCCCUGGCUCCCCACAUUUUCCCCAAUCCCUGUUUCCGGCCGGCAACUGCCAUCAUCUUCAACCUUCCACCAACACUACCACUAUAUCCCACCACCCGACGACAGCAAGCAAAACCGCAACUAUGGGCUGGCUAUCCUCCUCCUCCCCCGAAGACCAACGCUCCCAAGAAAUCCGCGCCGGCACCGUCGCCCCCUCCCGCGCCGAGCGGGCCCGCUGCUGGGAGGCCCGCGACGGGUAUUUUGCCUGCCUGGACAAGAACAACAUUGUGGACGCGCUGAAAGAGGAGAAAGCCGCUGGCAAGGCUUGCGGGGCGGAGGGCAAGGUUUUUGAGAGGGAUUGUGCUGCUCAGUGGGUAACAUACUUCAAAAAGUGGCGCGUCCAAGACAUCCAAAAACGUCAACGCAUCAAGGAGCUCGAGGCCCAAGGCGCAAACAGGCUGGACGUGCAGACCGACUUCACGCCAAGGGGUUAAAGGGGGGACUUGAGAGCAGGGGAAGGGAGAAGUGUGACGAUAGGAGGAAGUGUAAAUGUACAAUAUGAACAACCUCACCAGGUUGAACGGAUAUCAAAAUAUGGAGACGGAAAUACCUUAGGGGAAGGAAGGAACAAGGCGUUUACAGGAGCCAUACCCAUAACAAGAACCAUGAGAUAAAUAAGGGAACAUUCACAACUCAUCAUCCAAAGCC